CCGAAUGAUAUUACAGCGGAAGUUGCUCUCGGUAGCUGUGUGUGUGUGAUUGUGGUAUUUUGAAGAAAGACACCUUUUUUUCUACUGUUAUGAUUCAUACAAGAUAACGGUGUGUAUAUGAAAAGGUCAGCCAUCUGAAGAAGGUCAGAGAGUUGGACCACGAUGUACAGUCCUACAGAUCAGUUGCAAGUGAACACAAUACAGACAGUGUCUCCAUGGGACAAUUGAUUGUCAGUUACGACUGACUACAAUUACACUUAACUGAAGACAGGCAUUUCAUAUUUUGUAAAUCAGGGACAUUAUUUUACACAAAAUGGCAUCCAGUGAGUGUGGUAUCCCUAUCAAGACAGAACUAGUCAAUAGCCCAGAUCCAGUGGAUCAAGAUUCACCAAAGCCUGAGCCAGAUGAAAAGAGUGGAAAAUCUGCCGAUUUAUCCGAGAUUGGCUGCAACACAGAAUUCUCCGACGAUGACGAUGACGACGAUGAGGAUGCUGAUGACACAGCUCCUGAGGAUGCGAGUGUUGAGCAGAGUGGACCUUCUACAGAACCUGCUGAAAAUGCAUCGUCAGCCAAAUCUGAUGACCAUAGGCCCUAUAUUUGUUCUGUGUGUAGUAAAGCCUUCAAAAAGGCUUACAAUUUAAAAGCACAUAUGGAUAUCCACACCGACGGGCAAUUACAUGCUUGUAAUUUAUGUCACAAGACGUUCAAAUCUCGCCACUAUCUACGAAAACAUCUUUCAACCCAUAAUCCUGUGAAGAAACAUGCCUGUGAGGUUUGUGGCAAGUCUUUUACCCAGAUGUCACACCUGAAGAAGCAUGAAAUGAUUCACACGGGAGAAAAACCGUAUUCGUGUACCAUUUGUGGCAUGACAUUCAACAAGACAUCUAAUUUAAACACCCACGUGCGGAGACACACAGGUGAGAGGAACCACACCUGCCCACACUGCAACAAAAACUUCGGAACAUCAAGCGAACUCCGACGUCACGUCAACAUUCAUACAAAAGAGAAAACGUAUGAGUGUGACAUAUGUGACCGAUCCUUCCUACUGUUGGGAAAUCUUCAAAAACAUGUAAAACGAUGCCAUCUUGGAGAGAAGAGAUUCUUGUGUAGUCAUUGCGACAAAACAUUUAUGUCGGCAGGGGAGCUUCAGAGGCAUAUUGCUGUCCACACAGGGGAACGUAACUUCCCGUGUGAUAUGUGUGAUAAAAGGUACUUUAGUUUAAGAGAUCUUAAAAUGCAUGUUAAAAUUCAUAUGGUGAGGGAAAGGACUGUUCCAUGUCAGGUGUGCGAGAAACUUUUUUAUGAUAAAUAUUCCCUGAAGGCACAUAUGAGGAUACACAGCACGCGGCAGUAUCAGUGUAACGAAUGCCCGAAAAGGUUUUUCAGACCGCUCGAUCUGAAGCGUCACGAGAAGACUCAUGAACCCAAACCCUUGAAGUGUCGAAUCUGUGCGAGAGUUUACACAAGGCAGAAGAGGCUUGACCAGCACAUGCUUCUACACGAGGCUGAGAGGCCAUUUGUUUGUGGCCACUGUGACAAAGCAUUCUCCAUGUCCACCCAGCUCAUGUCCCAUAUUGCUUGUAUGCAUUCCGACAAGCAGAACACCCGAUGUGAUGUGUGCCAGAGAAGUUUCAAGACUGUGGACGACCUGAGUGUACACUUUAAGGAUCACAUUAUGAAUCGAGUUCACGUUUGUCUGGAGUGCAGGAAAACGUUCGAGACCGUGGAGCAGCUUCGGGAACACCAGAAGACUCGCCCCGAGUGUGACCGUGGAGAGUCCACAUCCUCAAGCGCUAAUGAGAUGUUGGCCGAGAACUCACUCGCAGAUGGGGAUCAGGAUGAAAGUGUUCCUGAGUCUGAAACAGUGGAGGACGAGGCAUGCAAGCUGAAAGUGUAAAGAUGGGAGGAAUCUGUUACCAUGGUUACAUAUUGCGAAACAGUUCCUAAAUAUUAUUCCAAUGACAUUCGCGAUACAAAAACUACUUGAGUUCACAAACCCUAGACAGAGCUCCCAUGCAGAUUCCGAGACAGAAAAGCUAUCCUUUAUAUGCCAUCAAUGUUAAAGAGUUAACUAAUAAGGAUCGGGUAGUAACAUGUGACCUGAAUAACCAAAUGGUAUGUUACUCGUACCAGCAACAAAUAGCCUGUCUGGUCCCCACUUGAUUAGUUACCACGUUACCAGGCAAUUGUGGUGUCACCCCAAAUGCUUUGUGGGCUGGGAGCUUUAGCUUCGGGCUCUUGAUUAAAGGGACUGAGAGCUUGCAUUAUUAGUAAAUGCCUAUUUGGAUUGUAUUGUAUAAAUGAAAUCAUUUAAGGAGAAUAGUGAGAAAAUGAAAGCAAUCUCAUUAAAAUCAGAUCUUAGUUCUCGCUACUGCUAAACAAAGAUCUGAGGACAUCCCAUUAUAGGUCACGUUAGACCUUUGACUGACCAAUGGAAUGACUGACAAGAAGUCGA